UCAGCUCCCGGAGAGUUAGGGCUCCGAGCCCAGCGCGCGGAGCGGCCGGGGCCGGGGCGCGGAUGCUGGAAGUUCACAUCCCGUCGGUGGGGCCUGAGGCCGAGGGGCCCAGGCAGAGCCCGGAGAAAGGCCACAUGGUGUUCCAAGUGGAGGUGCUGUGCAGCGGGCGCAGACACACGGUGCCGAGGCGCUACAGCGAGUUCCACGCGCUGCACAAGCGGAUCAAGAAGCUGUACAAAGUGCCCGACUUCCCCUCGAAACGCCUGCCCAACUGGAGGACCAGAGGGUUGGAACAGCGCCGGCAGGGCUUGGAGGCCUACAUCCAGGGCAUCCUGUACCUGAACCAGGAGGUGCCCAAGGAGUUACUGGAAUUCCUGAGACUUCGGCACUUCCCCACAGAUCCCAAGGCUAGCAACUGGGGCGCCCUGGGGGAGUUCCUGCCUGGCGACAGCAGCUCCCAGCAGCACCAGCGGCCUGUCCUGAGCUUCCAUAUGGAUCCCUAUGUUUGCACCCCCUCCCCAGGUGAGGAGGUGCCUAGAUACCGGGCUACAGGGGUAGGGUAUGGGCUUGGCAUUUCUCAGCUCCUGGGACCGUCAGGCAGCAUCACCUUCCUGCUGCCCACCUCUGGAGCCACUACCUCCUGCUCCUGUUCCCUGGAGCCUGCUUUGUAGACACAAGGAAAACAAGUUUGGCUUCCCGGGUCUCCAUUUCCUCAGCAACCUGACUUCUUUACCAAGCUGAUAUGAACAGAAUGUGACCUGGGAAUGCUGAGGCUUCAUUUGGGGUGGACAGCUGCUGUCUGCUACCUUGGCAAGGGCUCCUACUCCCAAGUGGGGGCUGAGCCCAUGAGCAGGAGCUCAAGGAGCUGCAGGCCUGAGGCCAGACCUGUUUAAUUCUAUCCCACAGAGCUGCUGCCCAACGUGGUGGUGAAUGGUGUGCUCCAGGGCCUCUACAGCUUCAGCAUCAGCCCAGAUAAAGCCCAGCCAAAGGCGGCCUGUCA